AUGUCUAAGACAUAACGUGUCAUUAUUUACAUUUUUUUUUAGAAAAAGGAAAGAAAAGAAACGAUGGGAAUCUCCCAAGUAAGGCGGAAAGAAAAGGGGGGAAAAAAGUUGCAUUAUUUUUGGCAAAGGGUUUCGAAGUCCCCAAAGCCGCGCAGAAACGUCGAUUGAGCUAGAGGUUCUUCAGAGAUUGAUCAUUGAAAUUCGAAGUGUCGAAGAAGAAGCAAAACUGGAGAUUUGUCGGAAUAUGUGAAGGUCUCGGGAUUUCGUUCGAGUUUCAGAGCCGUAAAUCGAGGAUUUCGCCAUACUUAGCGAGGUUUAUAUCUCAUAUUAUAGUGGAUGCUGAAAAUUGUUGCUUGAAUUGGUUACAUAAUGCUCCUUGUCACGACUUCGAUGCUGUAGCUGUCAGGUGAACUUGGGCUAGGCAUUAGCCUUGUUUUCCGGCGCUGUGACUGAAGAAACUGCUGUGAAUUGGGAUCUAGGGUUUUGGUGUAAUUGGUGCCUUAGUGGUGUGUAUGACAGUAGCAUAAUUUGGCUGCGAUGGACAUGGAAGUAGUGGGGGACGUGGUGGCCCUGGACCCGGAAAUAUUGCAGCUUCCGGAGGUGCCGCCAUUGGUGCUGAAAUCGAAUCCAUGUCUUGCUGAAGAACUGUUUUCUCAGUGGCUUUCAUUUCCUGAAACUGGUCACCUGGUGAAAACAUUGCUGGCAGAUGCAAAGUCAGGUGCUCCGCUGACUGCCAUUGGGAACUCUACGAGUGCUAAUGCUGCUUCAAGCAAUUCAUUACCUUCCAUGUUUCCUGCUGGCAGUGCUCCUCCACUCUCACCACGAAGUACAUCGGGCUCUCCACGUAUCGUAAAACAGAGAGUUGGUCUUUCAUCUUUGGCUUCCCCUUUAAAAUUAGUCAGUGAGCCUGUACGAGAAAUCAUCCCCCAGUUUUACUUUAAAAGUGGACGACCACCUUCAAAGGAAAUGAAAGAGCAGUGUUUGUUUAAGAUUGAUCGGUUUUUUCAUAGUCACUUGGAUGGACUGCAACUACAUGACUUUAAAUCUGUUACAAAGGAAAUCUGCAAGCUACCAUCAUUUUUCUCCUCUGCCCUUUUCAGAAAGAUUGAUGUUGACUGCAGUGGUGUUGUGACAAGGGAUGCAUUCAUCAAUUAUUGGGUUAGAAGCCAUAUGUUGACAAUGGAUAUAGCAACCCAAAUUUAUAUGAUUUUAAAGCAACCGGACUGCAAAUACCUUACACAGGAUGACUUUAAGCAUGUGCUUAGGGAACUUUUGGCAUCUCAUCCAGGGUUGGAAUUUUUGCAGAGCACGCCAGAAUUUCAGGAAAGAUAUGCUGAGACAGUCAUAUACAGGAUCUUCUACUACAUUAAUAGAACAGGAAAUGGCCAUCUUACUCUGCGUGAGCUGAAACGCGGGAAUCUAAUUGCUGCAAUGCAGUAUGUGGAUGAGGAAGAAGACAUUAACAAAGUUUUGAGGUACUUUAGUUAUGAACAUUUCUAUGUGAUAUACUGCAAAUUUUGGGAGCUUGACACCGACCACGAUUUCUUGAUUGACAAGGAGAACCUAAUUAGAUAUGGUAACCAUGCCCUCACCUACCGGAUUGUUGAUAGAAUUUUCUCUCAGGUUCCCAGAAAAUUUGUUAGUAAAGUUGAAGGGAAAAUGAGUUACGAAGAUUUUGUUUACUUCAUGCUCUCGGAGGAGGAUAAAUCAUCUGAACCAAGUCUUGAGUACUGGUUCAAAUGCAUUGAUUUGGAUGGUAAUGGAGUGCUUACACCAAAUGAAAUGCAAUAUUUCUACGAAGAGCAGCUGCAUCGGAUGGAAUGCAUGGCCCAAGAACCAGUGCUUUUUGAGGAUAUAUUAUGUCAGAUUGUUGAUAUGAUUAGUCCAGAGAAUGAAAGCUAUAUCACAUUACGUGACUUGAAAGGCUGCAAACUUUCUGGAAAUGUUUUCAACAUUCUUUUCAAUCUCAAUAAGUUCAUUGCUUUUGAAACUCGUGAUCCAUUUCUUAUUCGCCAGGAGCGUGAGGAUCCAACUUUGACAGAGUGGGAUCGGUUUGCCCAUAGAGAAUAUAUAAGGCUUUCAAUGGAAGAAGAUGGUGAUGAUGCUUCUAAUGGAAGUGGGGAUGUUUGGGAUGAGUCACUUGAGGCUCCCUUUUGAGUUUUAUUGGUGUUACCCCAUGACAAUAGAUGCUUCAAUGAAUAUGCAUCGUUCGUUAACUGAAGAUACUGCUGUUGAUAAACUUGAGUGGCUCAAAUCUACGAUGCAUAUUUGCCCAGCUGGCUGUACUUUCCCGACUCUGGUCCCUAUGCGUUUGAUUGUGCAGUGAUCUGCUGUGCUAUCCUUGCCGGCUUCAGUGCGACUGAAAGUUGAGCCAUGAUUUGCAGUAGCAUACUGGAAGUUCAGUUAGGAAUAUCAAAGGCCUCGAAAAGUUUGGGGCAGUUACAGGCUAGGAUUUAUUGUUUUGUCCAGAUAGAAAUAGAUUAGAGUAAUGCGAGUCAAAUUUAUUUCUUUUUGUAUGUAAGAAGUUUUUUUUUUUUUCCAAAUAAUGAUUUCCAGUGUUUUGUCUCAGCACAGUUAACUGUCAUUUUUACUGUUUCAUUUAUGAUGAAUAGAAAUGAUAGGAAUAAACAAAUUUAUAGUGUGCCA